GAGAUCGUGGACCCAAAAGGAGACAAGGGAGAUCGUGGACCAAGAGGUCUGUCAUCUCAUUCCAACUGGAAGGAAUGUUCUUGGAAGAAUAUCAAUGAUGGCAARGACAACGGWCUGAUCAAGGAGUGUAUUUUCGAGAAGAAAUACAGCGACACCAUCCUUCAUGUCUACUGGAAUGGUAACUUUGGACUUCGCACUUGUCAGAAAUGCUGUAAACGCUGGUUCUUUACUUUCAAUGGUAAGGAAUGUCAGACCCCUAACGCCAUUGAUGGUUUACACUACAUGGAUACCGGUGGACAUGACAACGAAAGCCAUCGUGUUCGCCGUAUUGAAGGUCACUGCACGGACAGCAUCAAUAAGGGAAUGGUGCGUGUUGGCUUCAAUGUGGGAAACUGCGAAGGGUUUGGUGAUGCUGACGCCRCUACGGGAUGGAACGCCGUGAGCCGAUUGUUCGUAGAGGAGGUACCCAGUCCCCAACCAGAAAUAACGGCCAAGAAGCGAUGAUGGGAAGAUUGUAAUAUAAUUCCUUUGAUUAUCACAAUGAAGUUGACUUGAUAAGAUAAACUAGUAGGUUUUGUAAUAAACUAUCAGUGGAUUUAGAAUAAGCUAAUCAUGCUGUAAUAAGGUGUUGGAUUGAAUUAAACCGUGAAUUCAUGAGCACAUCUGG